AUGUCUUCCGGACUCACUUACCUCAUCACCGGCGCCAACCGUGGAAUCGGAAAGGGCUUCACCACCCUCCUCCUACAGCGCCCCUCAACAACAAUCAUCGUCGGCGUCCGCGACCCAGCCGCUGCAGCCUCAAAGGCCCUCUACGACCUCCCCAAGGCCGAAGGCUCCAAGAUCAUCGUCGUCAAGAUCGACUCCUCAGUCGAGUCCGACCCCGCCGCCGCUGUAGCAACAAUCCAAAAGGAGCACGGCAUCACGGCCCUCGACGUCGUCAUCGCCAACGCCGGCAUCUCCCACACCUCGGCCGACGUCGCCGCCACCUCCACCAAGGUCGCCCUGGACCACUUCGCCGUCAACUCGGUCGCGCCCCUCGUCCUCUUCGGCGCCACUAAGCCCUUGCUCAAGGAGAGCAAGUCCAAGAACCCCAUCUUUGUCGCAAUCUCCUCCGUGAUCGGCAGCAACGGCCUCGCCGAGACGAUUUUCCAGAUCCCCAGUCCCGUCAGCCCAUACGGUGCGUCAAAGGCUGCGCUCAACUGGUUCGUGCGCCGGUUGCACUUUGAGGAGCCGUGGUUGACUGCCUUUGUCUUCCACCCUGGUCUGGUCGAGACGGAUAUGGCUGCUGGUUUGGCGGCUCAGACCGGCGCUGACCUUAGUGCUUUCGGUGCCAUUCCUGUCAAAAAGAGUGUGGAUGAUAUGGUUGCUACUAUUGACAAGGCUACCAGAGAGAUCAGCGGAUCGUUCAAGAACCACGAUGGCACUGAUUUGCCUUGGUAA